AUGCCGGUGACAACGCGCGCACAGGAGUCAAGAGCUCGCGCCGAGACUUGUCCUAUACUACAGCUCAGCACCGAGAUCCACCUCCUCAUCCUCCAUCAUCUUCUGCCCUCGAUCGAGUCAGUCCACGCCGUCUCCAAGACGUGCAAAAAGCUCUACGAUGUCGCGCUCAACCUCACAGUGCACACGUUUCGUUAUCUCGGCGGAGAAAGCCGCCUCGAAGAUAAUCUUGACCGCUUCACCGCCAGGACCAUGCAGUUCGUUCGCUAUGUGACCAUCGCCAAGCCGCACCUAGCCCAACACGUCAAGUGCGUGGUUCUUGGCCAGCUCAAUUCCGAAGGCUGGGGCCAGCUGAGCAAGUCUAGGGCGCCGAGGGGCGAGGAACUGGCUCUCUACGAAGGCUUGAUUGAGCAUACGUUCACCGAAGCAGACAGCGAAGACUGGAAGCUCUGGCGGUCCCAGUGGCUGGCAGGGCUGGCGAAGCUGUCUGAAGAUGCGGAAGUCGCCCUGCUCCUUGUCGCGUGCCCCAACAUCGAAGUUCUCCUGAUGGAAGAAUCGAUCGAACCGGAGAUGCUCAAGCGCGUCAUCAACGUGGCAGGGCAAAGGGGCGCAAAGAGCUCGAGCCCGGGCAGCUCGACCGAAGUAGACACUCCGCUACGCCACUUGAAGGAGCUGUAUAUGGAAUCGGGCGAGUUCAAGUAUGGCCACUGUUCGUUUUCGGACUUUGCCCAUGCGUUUCACAUUCCAAGCCUGCGAUCCUUCGAGGUUGUCCGAGCCAACGGCGAAGACUUUCGUGCCGAAGAUUUCGAAGCCUUACCCAAGCGGUCCUCGAACGUAGAGGAGAUCAUCCUGCGGGCGUCCUGCAUUACGCCAAAGGUACUCAAAGCCAUGACCGCCGUACCGAGGGCCCUAGUGUCGUUUGAGUACACGAGAGGGGUUUACCACAUGUACGACGAGGAGAUGAAGCCGCGAGACCUCGUCGAGGCCGUGGUCCGCCAUGCCGCUUCGCUUGAGAAUCUGCACAUCAACUCGGAAGAUGACUGGCCCACCGGAGGAAGUCCAGAGACUUUCGUCAUGGGCCUUGGCCUGAGGAGGCUGUCAGCAUUGAAGCAGCUGGCCGCCGGUAUGCAGGCCUUGACGGGAACACGCAACCCUUAUCCUCCUCAGAAUGAGAACAUGAACUACGAUAAUCUCCCCGAGGUCGUCGAAGAUUCGCCGAGGAUGGUCGAAUGUCUGCCGGAGAAUCUUGAGUUCUUGCAGAUUCAAGCCUGUGGGAAGCCUGUCCUGCCCCACGCCCAGGAACUCUUGGACGCGCGCGCCGCUGGCCGGUUUCCACGACUUCGACACCUGCGGCUCUUGUUUAAUAAGGAGCUUAUCUCAUCCGACGACAUUGAUCUGCACUAUGAUGAAGGCCUUCUUCGAGUAGAGGUCUUUCUUCAGUCAGACGAAAAUAGACUCUACGACCUCAUCCAGAUCGUGGGUCGAAAAUGCUUAACAGCCUGCACGCGCAUUUACUCCUACGACAUUCGGGACAGAUGGCUAAAGUACAGGUACCAGGAUGUUGCGCGUGCAAGGGUCAAUGAAGGGGUUUUAUACGAGCCAGGCCCAGGGGGGAUGACGGAAGAGAAGUCCAAGCUGCCGUGA